AUGGACGCCCAACACUCAAAAGAAAAGCUGAGCUUCGGCAGGAUUGCUCACAUCAUCUGCGUUUUUGCGUUCAAACAUCCAUUUAUGGCCUUUGUGAUAUUUCUGUUCCUUCUUUUUGCUGCGUUCGCAUGUCUUGAUUGUUGUUGUGGGAACAUCUUCGACAAGCCCGUGGAUGAAGAAGCAUCUGCAGAGGAAGAAGCACCCGCAGAGGAAGAAGAACUUGCAGAAGAAGCAUCUGCAGGAGAAGCACCUGCAGAGGGAGAAGCGCCUGCAAAGGGAAAAGGCUCCAAGGGUGACGAAGAAGCCCCUGCUAAGAAGGAGGGAGAACCCGCGAAAGAAGAAGAGCCUGCAAAGGAAGGAGAACCUGCGAAGGAAGUAGAACUUGAAGAGGAAGAAGCGGGGGCCAAGGCAAGUACUUGGAUAGAACGACUUAUCGAGAGCAAUAUUAACGGAUCCAAACAGAAAGAUGAAGCACCGAAUCAGAUCAUGAAUUUGGGGACCAUGAACGCGAAUCAGAAUCAGAGCUUGAUGUCGGGGACCUCGAACGCUAUUGAAUCACCGUCAGCGUGCCAUAUGUCAGAGAACAUGAUGAUGGCACAGAGCGUGACGAUGGCACAGAACAUGAUGGCACAGAACACGAUGGGGCAGAGCACGAUGGGACAGAGCACGAUGAUGGCACAUAAUUCUAUUGCAUCGCAGUCAGGGCGCCAUAUGCCAGCGAACCUGAUGAUGGCACAGAACACGAUGAUGAUGCGCAGUACAGACAGAGAGUGGAUUAACUUUGCGAGCGGGCAAUAUUUUAGAUCUGGCCAGCUCAAGCCGAACUAA